AUUCCUAGCAUUCAGUGCCAUUUAGGUCCCCAACACAUUAUAUCAUAUAUUUUGCAUGUAAAAGGUCAAAUGCUUAUUUUUAAAAGCUUGGUUUUACAUGUUUAUUCCCCUCUACUAUAAAACAUCAAUGUUAUUUUCCCAGGAUAUUCAAAAUGCUAAAUAAUUACUCUGAUUUUAGCACAAGUAGGCCAAAUUGCUGUGUCCCAAAUCAUGUUUGCUCAACUUCUCUAACGGAUAUAAACAAAGAAAUCAAACAAAUACAAACAAAUUCUACAUUUGUGUCACUGUUAUGUAACCCUUUUAUUGAUAUUCAUCAAAAAAUAAAAAUGGUAAUUCAUUUUUAUUGAUUAAAGUUUUUUAAAAAGUGUGUGUCCCCUGUUUUAAUGUCCCCCCUGUUACUGUGAUUUGAAUCCCUCUGGACACGCCCCUUUACUAUGCUACUAUUUGUAUGACUCAAGAAGAAGGAUACAUUUUAGGCGGGAAAAUCAUCUUCAAGAAGCAGAGUAAGUAUGCACUCUUCCUUCAACAAUUUUUUAAUGUUUUUUACUAACUUAACUGUUGCGGUAAAGCAUAACAUGUCCACCCUGUUAUGCUCAUUUUUUGUGGAAACUGAUCAAAAUGUUUACAUUUAGAAAAAAAUGUGAAUAAAGCUAUCAAAUAUCUUUCUCUGAUGUCACAAGUGCUAGCUUGAUCAUCAUCAGACAUGUAGCAAUAGCCAAGUUUAGCAUACAAUGUCCACCCUGUUACCGUCCACCCUGUUACUAUGUUUCACAGUAACAGGGUGGACAUACAGUAAGGGGUUGUUAAAAGGCUAGAUGAUUAACUAUUUCCAGCAUGUGCUGUUAUGUAUUGUUUGUUUAAUAUGCAUAUAUGUUAUAUAUAUAUAUAUAUAUUACAUUAUAUAUAUAUAUAUAUAUAUAUAUAUAUAUUAAAUUAUAUGAUAUCUAAUGGUAUGAAUGUAUUUAUCAGGAAAUGGCAGCGUUGUCUAAUGCAGAAAAGCAGCGACGCUACAGGGCACGAAGGGAUUCAGACAAUGAAAGAAGGAAGCAGUACCUGGAUAAAGAGAAGGCAAAGUGGAAGAAAGACAGAGAAGAAGGGAAAAAAAAGAAAGUGUCAGACCUCAGUGAAAGAGAAAGGAGAGAACAGAGAAAGAAGUGGCAAGAAAAGAAGAAAAAGCUUAGGGAUAAAGCAAGAGCCAGCGUAAUGACCACUCCACCUCGAAGUCGAGACAAUGCAGCACAACAAGGGCCCUCAAGGCAAUACGUUGUUGGACGGAACAAUGUCAGAAGGGGGAGAAGGAGGCUCCAGAACCAGAUUGAAAAACUGGAGGCCACAUUGAAGAGAGAAAUUAGAAAAAUGUACAAAUACAAAAAGAGAGACCAGCGUUUGGCUGGGGAGAACAAAUCCCCUCGGUCUAGGGUGAAUUACCUGCUUCGCAAUCAAAUAGUUAAGGACACAAUUAGAAAAAGAUUGUUAUUGCAGGAAGCCAUAAUUGAAGACAUCAGAAAUAAAUACAAAAACACCCGGAAGGAACGAGAGAAACAAAUAAUUGCUAAAACAACAAUAGGAAAGAUUAUCGAGAAAUACAGGCUGCAGAGGGAUGCACAGAAAAUUCUUGGCUUUUCAAAAAAGCGAGGUCAAAGACCAGAUGGAGCGCUGUUGACAUUUGAAAGAAAAGUGAGCAACAGAUUACCUGCUGAAUGCAAAGCAAAAGUAAAAGCAUUCUAUUUGAGAGAUGACGUCAGCCGGAUGACAACGGGACGAAAACAAACUGUCACUCAAAAGAAGACGAAAAAUCAAAAACGUUUGCUAACUGACACGAUGAAAAAUCUGCACCAGAAAUUCCUUUCUGAGCAUCAACAUCGGGUCUCUUACUCGUGUUUCUGCACCUUGAGACCAUUUUGGGUUGUGGUGCCAACAGAAGCUGAUCGAGAAACCUGUCAGUGUAAAACUCAUGAGAACCUACAGUUCAUGGCCAACACUCUAAACAGCCAAGGCAUGUCAGCUACAAAAAAUAUUGAGGAAAUGGUAGAUGCAACCAUGUGCAAUCCAAAAUCCAAACUCUGUGCAUACGGCGAGUGUAAAGACUGUGUUUACACAACACAUAAAAUGCUGAGAGCUCCUGAAAACAUAGAGGUAGGUAUUACCCAGUGGUCUUUGGAAGCCAACAUCCAUAAUGGAGAGGAGCCAGGGAAAAGGUCAACAAUCACUGUCAAGAAAAAUGUGAUGACAACAGAGGAUGGACUUGCAUGUGACUUUCAUGACCGACUGUUCAGAUUUAGAAGGCACAUAUUUAACAUUCGGUGGCAGUAUGGAGCCUAUAGACAACUAAGGGAAAACUUGAGGAGCAAUGAAUGUCUAAUUCAUGUAGAUUUCAGUGAAAAUUACUCCUGUAAGUACUCUAAGGAAAUUCAAUCUGUCCAUUUUGGAGGUUCCCACCAGCAAGCAACCCUGCACACUGGAGUGCUUUACACAGCAGCUGAACUGUCUCCAGUGACUUUCACCACCAUUUCACCUUCCAGACGCCACGAUCCCCCAGCCAUCUGGGCCCAUCUUGACCCUGUUUUGGACAUGGUGAGGGAGAGACACCCUGAUAUCAAUCGCCUGCAUGUUUUCAGUGACGGCCCAGCAACUCAGUACAAACAGAAGGGUAACUUUUACCUACUAUCUCAAGAGCCGUUCAAAAAAGGCUUUCAAGCCGUCAGCUGGAACUUUUUUGAGGCCAGCCAUGGAAAGGGUGCUCCAGAUGGUGUUGGGGGUACCCUUAAAGAUCUGCUGACAGAAUUGUCAAACAUGGAGAAGAUAUCCCCAAUGCGGAAACCAUGUUCCACGAGUUAA